AGUGCACACUCAAAGAAGUGACCUAGUAAUCAAUGAAAUGUUUAGAAAAAACAUAAAUUAGAACGACAUAGCUAGCUUGGGUAGUUGGGUAAUGUAUUGUUGAUGGAAUCAUGGAAAGAGAGAGAGAGAGUUUAUCUUUAUAAAGAAAGCGACAUGGACAGAGAGGACCCUAUUUUCAAUAGUUGUACUAUUUGACUUACAGCUUCUAUAAACAAGGGCCUCUCCUCUCACUCCCUCACCAAUCAAAGCCUUAGAUCUAAUUUACCUACACUAUGGUUUAUGUUAUUUCCUCAAUUGUAAUAAUUGUACUUGAAGAGUUUGUACAUUGGCACCUUUUUUUCCAAUGUUUCCAUUACAUAAGAGGGAUAGGUAGUGAGAGCGAACACAUACACAUAUUGUGUGGGACACUUCUAUUAAUUCCAUUAGACUCUGAAGUUUGAUGAUACAUGGACAUUUCUAUCUUCAACGAUAUUGGUGAAUGAGGUAUUUAGUUGGAAUAAGUUGGAAUAAGAUGAAAGUAAAUGAACAAAUAAAGGAGCAAAGGCCAUUGUCAAUUCUCCCCUGCAUAGCACUUUAUGGUUACUGUUUGAUUAUUACAGGCAUUGCUAAGAAAAUGUAGUAUCGUAUAGUGGGUUGGGGAGGGAAGAGUUUUAGUCAAUAUGUCAGCUGAUAUCACGUGAAGUGGUACAAGUAGAAGUUCUUCCUAUCCAUUCACUUUCCCAUAAAACUAUGUUCUAUUACUCGUACACUUGUGCUGCUACUCCUCUCUCUAUCAUUGCCUUUUUCCCCCUUCUCUUUCAUGAACAAAUUAUGCUUGCUAACUUUUGCUUUAGGAAUUGCAAAGAUGAAGCAAAUGUAAAUCUCUGAAUAUAAAGCUAGCAAAUUAUGUAUCCCUCAAGCAACAGCUGCAAUUACAGCCCCAUCCCUUCUCCUUGUAUGCAUUAUGAACAUGAACAUGAUCUUUUCUUCCAAUAUUACCAAGAACAUUUGCUUCAACAGCCACAAACCCCCUUGCCUACAACUCAUGAUGAUCAGACUCUUGAUGAUGAUGCCCUAGCUGAGAGCACCGAGACUGCUAUCAACAUGACAGAAGAAAAAGGGUGUAAGAACAAGAAAACUGAAUUAAGCAGCACAACUAGAAUUCAAAGAAACAAGAGAGCUUCUAAUAAGAAAGACAGACACAGCAAGAUCAACACUGCUAGAGGCCCCAGAGACAGAAGAAUAAGACUUUCCAUAGAUAUUGCUCGUAAGUUUUUCAGUUUACAAGACAUUCUGAGGUUAGACAAGGCCAGCAAAACGAUGGAAUGGUUGUUUAUAAAGUCGAAAUCUGCAAUCAAGGAGCUCUCCAGAGGUCCUCUCCAAAGAAAUAGUGCAUCCUCUACUGGUUCUGAAUGUGAAGUUGUAUCAGGAGAUGAAUCUCCAUCUAAUAAUCAAAACCACAAGGAAAAUGGUAAAGGAGAUUCUUGCAACAAGGAAAAGAAAAAGAAGAAGAAGGCUAGACCGGCUCAUAUAAGAGCUGCAUUUCAUCAUCCUUUUGCAAAGGAGUCAAGGAAACAAGCAAGAGAAACGGCAAGGGAGAGAACAAGAUUGAAGAAAAUAUUUGCUGGAUCAAAGCUUAGUUUUGAAGCAAUGGCGCAUGAUUUGAACCUAAGAUCUUGGAGUUCCUUCGAAAGGGGUGAACAGUCAGGACAUACUAGCGCGAAUCAUCCUUCUCAUGAAAUGCAAGCUGAAGUUGAAGAACUAACCUCCCACCAUAAGAAGCAGCUCUUUUUAGGGACUAAAGAGAAAACUGUUACUAAUAAUGAUGGUAAUUUGGUAGCUACUGGCAAUUGGAACCCGUAUGCCAUCUUCAACUAUCAGUAAAAUACUGGAAUUAUCCAUGAGCAGCAUCAAAUACAGACUUUCCGUUUUCUUGAAUUAGCCGAGAGAGCAAGGAAAUUCUGGGGACAACUGUCACAACAUUCUUCAGUUCGUGUAACUUCAUUGGAAAUCUAUUUGGUUCUGUUGAUUUCUAUAAAAAUAAACUCGUAUCCUUCA